CAGCUCAAACAGUUUGGCUGAUUUGCAAUUGUGUUAAAAGGCUGUUCAUGUAAAUAAGAGAUGUAAACUCCCACUCAGCUCUGAUAUAUUGACUUACAUUGCCAUAUGUUCAGUUUCUUCCUGAACCACAUUUGUAUACUGUCUCUUCCAUUCAUUACUAAAGCUUAUUUGUGCACAACGCCAAGGACAGGUGCUGCUCUUUAUAGUAUAUGGUCUGCAACGUUUUUACCCUUCUGCAGUUCAAAGUAAUAAAACGCUCACACCGCUUGAUAACAUUCACUGUUUUUUGAAUUGCUGCUACAACUCUGGUGGCGCUUUGAAUAUAUGGAAAAGACUUUACAAUGGAAGGCCAGUUUGCUAGUAGGGCAUAACCAGGCAGAAAGGGAAGAUAGAGCAGACUGACAGACGGGGCACUCUGAGGCUGUACUUGUCAGACACCAGUGGAUUUGCGGUGGUGUGUUGCAGGCGAGAAAGAGACAUACAGGAAGACGUAGAAAGAUCGAGGCGAAGAGACCCUCUGCGAUGAAACCUCCAUCCGAAAACAGCUCCUUGCCCCUGGCAGCUAUGCUGAGUGUGCUGACCUGCGUGUUGCUGCAGGGGGCCCACGCAGGAGUGGUGGGGGACUUCAACCACGGCGAGCGCUGCAAGGACUCUCUGUACAUGGGCACCCCACCCCGAGGCUACCUCAGCACUUCCCUCAAGAAGAUCUGCCAGCGGUAUGAGGAUAAACCCCGCUACGUCACCCUGUACGACCCGCAGAGACACAUCCCCAUCUAUUCUGCCUACACGUUUAAGAAGUCAGACGGGGAGAAGAAGGUGGACUUCCCUUGGAUGUUUGAGCCCCAGCUGGCUUCAGAAAAGAGCAGCAGCAACAUGGAGCCCUUCCCCCAGUCUUCAAGUAUGCAUAUGAACUUUGAGGACACCCAGGCAGUCCUGGAGGACUACGCCGAUGUGGUUCAGUAUGAACGUGGCCAGCUCAACCCCGACGAGCAUCAGGCGGACCCCCUGGACAAAGCCUCCACCUACAGCUUGACGAAUGUAGUACCCCAGAUCAGGGAGUUCAACAUGGGCCCCUGGGCGGAACACCAGGACGUCAUCCGCAAACGUCUCAACAACUACUGCCGCGGCAAAGCCUUCGUCAUCACAGGGGUCACCACCUCUGGCCACACCAUCCGUCGCAACAACCUGGACCGAGUGGCUGUACCAGAGUACAUGUGGUCGGCCUACUGCUGUACCGAGUUCGACCAAAACGCGCCGUACUUUGUGCGCUACAAGUUCCCAGUGUACGCAGCUUAUGGGCUGAACGAUCGCGUCAACAACCACAUGGUGGAAGUUCCCCUCAAGAACCUGGAGAAAUUCCUCAAGGGGAGGAUGGACGUCGACAAGAACUUUCAGAUUUUCUACAAUGACUGUGUGCCGGAUAACUGAGACGACGUGGGUGCGAUCCCUGUUAGAAGUGUGCUCCC